AUGGCGCCACCGCUGGUCCAUCUCAAGGCGUCGUUUGGUGCGUUUGUGGUGGCAUGCUGCUUCCUGUAUUCUGCACAAGUCGACCGCCUUCCUCCGUCUCCUGCUGCUCACGUCAACUUUGCGGUGACGGCAGCAGGGCCACGCGACGUGGUCGCCGACCUCCUCGUCAACUUGACGACAGCUCAAAAAGUCGGCCAGCUGCUUCAAGUGGACAUUCGCAAGCUGUUUGACGGCGGUGACGACUGGAAUAACGGUGGCUCCCCCAAGCUCAACAAAGCUCGCGUCGCCGAGUACGCCAAGCUUGGCAUCGGCUCCUUCUUCAACACGCCGUUCGACGGACGGACACAGGUCCAAGCGCCGACGGCCGCCAACUGGCGCUCCAUCCUCCACGACAUCCACACCAUCUACGCCGAGCAUCACGCCGUGCCCUUCGUGUACGGCAUCGACACGAUCCACGGCGCCAACUACAUCCAGGACGCGACUUUAUUUCCCCAGCCGCUGGCCGCCGCGUCCUCGUUCAAUGUCGACCUGGUCUACCGAAUGGGCCAAGUGGCUGCCAAGGACACGCUGGCCGCGGGCAUUCCUUGGGUGUUUAGUCCCGUGCUGGGCAUUGCAGCGCAACCGAAAUGGUCUAGGAACUACGAAACAUUUGGCGAAGACCCGCACACAGUGUCUGCGUUUGGCGUGGCCCUCAUCCAAGGACUGCAAGCCAACAACCGAACGGCGGCAUGCAUGAAGCAUUUCAUUGGGUACUCCAACCCGACUUCAGGCAACGACCGGGCGGACAGCGUCAUUUCCGACUUUGAACUGGUCAACUAUUACGCCCCAUCCUUCCUGGCGGCAGUCCAUCAAGGCCGCGUCAAGUCGGCCAUGGAAACAUACACGAACAACUCGACGUUGAUUCCGCAUGGAGUGUCUGUUCGAGACGCCCUCAAUCACACGUUUGCAAACGUCCGGUACGCCGAAGGUGUCGACACGACCGGCCACGUCAUCGGCAAUCGAACGGCCGAUUUGGCGUUGGCUGCCUCCAGCACCUACACGAUUGUGGUCGUGGGCGAGUCACCCUACGCCGAGAAGAACGGAGAUAUCGACGAGCUGGCUCUGCCGGACGGUCAGCUCGAGUACGUCCGAGCGCUCACAGCCAUUCAUUCGACCAACGUCAUCCUCGUGGUUGUACAAGGACGGCCACGGCUGCUCCAAGGCGCGCACAAAUUGGCGGCUGCGGUGCUUGUCAGCUUUUUGCCCUGUGAACAAGGCGGCCAGGCGAUCGCGGACGUCAUCUCUGGUCGCGUGAAUCCGUCCGCCAAGCUCCCAUUGACGUACCCCCAGGCCAGCGGCAACAUCCACCUCCCGUACUUCCAUCGCGUCAACUCGGAAUGCCGCGAGGGGUUCCAAGACUGCGCCAUGGAGUGGACAUUUGGGGCUGGCCUGAGCUACACCUACACGUCGUUCGAGUACUCAAAUGUGACACUGUCUGACACCAAAGUCUGGUCCAAUGGAACGCUGACGUUGGAUGUGACUGUCACCAACACGGGGCUCCGUGCCGGCAAAGAAGUCGUGUUUGUGUUCAUCUCGCAAAAGGUGCGUCAUGGCGCGGUGCCCGAAGUCAAGUUGCUCAAACACUUUACCAAAGUGUCACUGCAACCCCAAGAAGCCACGACCGUUCGAUUUACGCUGUCGGCGGCCGACUGGUCGUACUAUCGCCCCCAAAUCGGCCGCGGGUUCCACUCCGUGUCGGAGCCAGGGCUGUUUCAUGCGAUUGUUAAGCACGACACGGACUGCGGAAGGCACCCGGCGCUGUGCAAGGCGUUCCAUGUCGAGGCGUAG